AGUGGUACGAGCAGUGUAGCCAUUGACAACAAGAUUGAACAAGCCAUGGAUCUAGUCAAAUCGCACCUGAUGUUUGCCGUACGGGAGGAGGUUGAGGUACUAAAGGAACAAAUCAAAGAGCUCCUCGAGAAAAAUGCCCAACUUGAGUACGAAAAUAAAAUACUGAGGGCUGAGGCCAGCUCUGAUACUCUGGAAAAGUUGAGGGCUCUCCAGUGA